CCGGCCGGCGUGAGUGAGCGAGUUUGGCUUUUAAGAUGGCGGCUGCGGCGGGCUUGGAGUUCCAGCGCGCCCAGUCUUUACUGAGCACCGAUCGCGAGGCCUCUAUCGGCAUUCUGCACUCCAUAGUAAAACGUGAUGUUCAAGAGAAUGAUGAAGAAGCAGUCCAAGUCAAAGAACAGAGCAUUCUGGAACUUGGGAGUCUCUUGGCCAAGACAGGACAAGCCGAAGAGCUUGGAGGACUACUGAAGUAUGUGCGUCCUUUCUUGAAUUCCAUUAGCAAGGCAAAGGCAGCUCGUCUGGUUCGGUCCCUGCUAGACCUAUUCCUAGAUAUGGAAGCUGCAACAGGACAAGAGGUUGACCUGUGUCUUGAAUGCAUUGAAUGGGCCAAAUCGGAGAAGAGGACAUUCUUGCGUCAAGCUCUGGAGGCAAGGCUGGUUUCUUUGUAUUUUGAUACAAAAAGGUAUCAAGAAGCUUUGCAGUUAGAGCAAAACGUACCAUGCUUUGAGCAAUCUGCCAAAAGCCAGAGCAGCAUUAACCUCUGCCCGAACCACAGCCAAUGCAAUCUAUUGUCCACCCAAAUUGCAGGCAGCACUGGAUAUGCAAUCAGGUAUUAUCCAUGCAGCAGAAGAAAAGGACUGGAAGACAGCAUAUUCUUACUUCUAUGAGGCAUUUGAAGGUUAUGAUUCCAUUGACAGCCCCAAAGCCAUCACUGCGUUGAAGUAUAUGCUGCUGUGCAAGAUCAUGUUAAACUUACCUGAGGACGUGCAGGCAUUGGUGAGUGGGAAGCUUGCAUUGCGGUAUGCAGGCAGGCAGACAGAAGCACUGAAAUGUGUAGCUCAAGCCAGUAAGAAUCGAUCACUGGAUGAUUUCAAAAAGGCACUGAAAGAUUAUAAAAUGGAACUCAGGGAUGACCCCAUCAUCAGCACACAUUUGGGCAAACUGUACGAUAACUUACUGGAACAAAACCUCAUCCGGGUUAUUGAGCCUUUCUCCAGAGUGCAGAUUGACCACAUAUCUAGCCUUAUCAAGUUAUCAAAGGCAGAUGUGGAAAGAAAGCUCUCUCA